AUGAAAGAGAUCCAGAGCAAGGGGUGGGUGAAAACUCUGCUGGUGGGCCGCGGAGCAACUAGUUUCUUUCACUUCGCAACAACAAAAGACAUCAAAAAGUCAAGACCGACUGGCCGGGCACUUGCAAGACUGCUAUUGUUAUUGUCUGGCAUUUGCGCAACCAUCGCGGCAUGGGCACUGAAUCUAAACGACAUGCUUGAAAGAAACAAUAAAACGAAGCCGUCUGGUGGUGGUCAGAAUGCAGAUGAACCGUUGGCAUCCAGACUCUGGCUCGGCUUAUUCGAGCAUCCUCCCGGCGCGCUGGAGACGAGGCCCCAUAACCCUGCGAUCCGAGACUUCUAG